UGCUUUACUAUAUAGUAUUAUUAGCACAGCUGUGACAGGUAGGGUAUUAAUUUCACAUUAGAUAUCAUUUGAUUUAGUGAAUAAACCUCAUAGUUUGAAAAUUCAACAAUGAGGAGGCACUAUAUGCUGAUGUAACAUUUAGAUGUCAAGUCAUUGUUAGCCUGCUGAUGUUAUAUUAUAUACAAUAUGUACAUACUUUAACUCUCUUUGAGAGGUUUAGAAAAAGCUAACAGCUAAGCUAAACUUUUUUGAGCAAAUUAUUUUGUCUUAAUACUUAAUAAUUAAUAAUACUUUUUUUAGUUAUUGCAGACUUGAGUAUUGCUCUCUGUUCAUACAGUGUUUGUUUCCAUCUGUAUGUGCAGUGCAUGUAAGUUCUCUGCAUAUCUAUAUACACCUGUGUCUAUAUUUGUGUGUGACCAUGUGACUGUGCACAACUGGUCAGCAGCAACAGAAAGUGUUUGAGCAGCAGCUGCAGUCUGACUGUGCUUCCUGUGAGCUUGCAGCAGGAGUUUGCUACUUCUCUUUGCACCUUACGGUCUCAGCUCUGCAAGGAGAACAACACAUGGUGAGUAGCACAGUGUCUCUGUCUCAUCAUUGAGGAUUGAUGAUGAGGAUACAUUGUCAAUCUGAAUUGUGGUUUAUUGGUCUGCUACUUUUUGAGCUGUCAAUACAGACUUUCCACCAGCUGCUGAAGGUACAGCACCUACCAACAUACUGGAUCCAAUUGCACUUCCCAUGAACUAGGCCAGAGACCAGGUGAAACAUGUGAUAGCUUAUUGAUAUCUUCUGUCUAAUGCAUUUCUUUGAUGAUGAAGUGAAGGGGAGAAAACAGGUUAAAGCACUUUGUCUGUGGUGCCUCUGACCUGCAAACAUCAGCAAUAUAUGUCCUUAUGGAUAAGACAGGUAGCAGAUAAUAUCAAUCAGCCAUAGGACACAUUUGAAUAUGCUGAUUUUUAUAACUUCCCAAAAUGCACUACAGUCAAAAUGUAUUUAGAUAUCUAGGUUUAACCUGGGUUAAACAUGCUAACUAUAUCUGCUGUUUGCCCUUUGGUAUUUCACUGCAAGGUUAAGCUCUGCCUCACAUUCAAACAGUGUGACUUAGACCUCUCAACUUAUUAGCUACAUUACAAUGUAAGUAAAACUACAAAUAUACUUUUGUCAAACCACAGAUAUAACACCUUGGACUUUCUUUCCCUCUGAUAGGUUUUUUUUUUUUAACCAUGGAGGCUGUAGCCAAGUUUGACUUUGAAGCUACAGCUGAUGAUGAACUCAGCUUUGGAAAGGGAGAGCAAUUGAAGAUUCUGCAGACCACUGGGAACUGGUACAAAGCAGAGCUCAGGGGAGUUGAGGGAUUUGUACCCAAAAACUUCAUCAACAUUCACCUGCCCAGCUGGUACCAGGAAGAUGUCAGUCGCAGUGACGCCCAGGAGAGGCUGAUGUCACAGCCUGUGGGGACAUUUCUUAUACGAAGUAGCCAAAAUGCACCCCCGGGUGACUUCUCUAUCUCUGUCAGACAUACAACAGAUGUACAGCACUUCAAGGUCCUACGGAACAGCAGAGGGCAGUAUUACCUGUGGUCAGAAAAGUUCCCUUCUCUCAACCAGUUGGUGGAGUUUUAUAAGAACAACUCUAUCUCCAAACAAACUGAAAUAUUUCUCCAGGAGACACAACGACGACAACAACAACAACAACAACAACAACAACAACAACAGCAGAGAGGAGGCUCAGACAAUCUUCCACCCCUCCCUGUUUCUCUUCCCACCCCCGACCACCCACCUACACCUGCACCACGACCAGUACUCAACAAUAAGCACAAAGCCUCCUCCACACUGAAGGUCAAAGCUCUGUACAGUUUCCACGCUGAGGAGACAGACGAGCUGGAAUUCAACGUUGACGAUAUCAUCACUGUCCUAGAGUGCUCUGACGAGGCGUGGUGGAGGGGCCAGCUGAGGGGCAAGACAGGCCUGUUCCCCUCCAGCUACACCAAACCCAUCUGAGAGGAACACACAAAGAAACACAGACACAUCUAAUUUUGCAGUAACUGUUUAUUCUAAUGAAUGCCUGCAUUAAUACUUGCAACUUAACCCCAAACCUGCAUUAGGUCACAAUUCUACAUUAUCAUCUGUCUAUAGUACUAAUGAAGACUAGGCUAGUUUAGGCAAACACACACACUGUGCAUGGGAUUUCUGUUUCCCAUCAUGGCAUAAAUACUCUUGUUGCCCUGUGUGUAACUGGUUUGUUUGUCAGUUUUCAGGAUUUCUCCAAGAUUUAACACAUAGGAGUUUACAUAUUGUAGAUAUAUCUGAAAAAGUCACAUCUGCUUUUACAAAAUGACUGGUAACACAAAAUAACUGAACCAGUUCCAUGGCCAUCCUCUGUGUCAGUUACAACACAGUUAUCCUUUAUUUCACUGAAUUUGGUCUGUAUAUUUGAUCGAAAAUGUAGCCUACAAUGUACACAUUAUGAAUGCAACAACAGUAACAUAUUUAUUUGUAAAAUGUUUUAUUUUUAAUAAAAAACAUUGAUGAAUUAUU